AUGCCGCAAGUAGCAACAAUAGCACAAAGGGGCACCGUCCUCGGUCUUGUGGGAAUGAGCGUCUGGGGUAUCUGGUUGACAGCAGCAGUAUGGAAGAGUAGGAGAGGUGAAGGCGCAAUGCAAGGCCCAAGACCUGGUCAAUUACCAGAGGCACCGACUGUCGUAAAGGAGCACCCUCUGCAUGCGGGUCAGGGUGGCAAGGGUCACACCGUGUAG